AUUAUAAAGGCGAAAAUUUGUGAGUGUGUAUGUUUGUUUCUUCUUCACGUCUAAACCGCUGGACGGAUUUGGAUGAAAUUUGGCACACAUUUAGUUUUUUGUGGAUUAAGACAUAGGAUACUUUUUAUCCCGAUAAAAUUUUAGGUUCCUGAGGGAUUUUCAAAAGACUUAAGUUAAAGCGGACGAAGUCGUAGGCGGCCGCUAGUAAUAAAUACAUUCGAGUUUCGACGUACAGGAAGCGGAAACAGAGCAGCUUAGAUUGUUUUACAUUUGACUACAUUCUUAUAUCCGAGGAGCAUCGAAGAGCUCGAUGGCGCAAGUGGUUAAGUGGUUAGCGCGUUUGGUUGCGAUCGUUGAAUUUCAGCAACUUUCGCAGUGGUCGGUCAUUGGUUGGGUGACCAAAAAUUACUAUCUCGAGCUCCUCCGUGCUUCGGAAGGCACGUUAAACCGUUGGUCCCGGCUGCAUCUGCAGUCGUUAGCACCCACCAAUCCGCACUGGGCCCGCGUACUAACGGAGCGGCUGGCAGACCUGGACAGCGCUCCACCUUUAACCGUACUGCCGAUCUACUCCCAGCUACCGGCCGAUCUCCAGGCCAAGAUCUUCCAGAGGGCCCCACCUGGGCAAAGAAAAUGUAUCGUAGCCACCAACAUCGCUGAAACGUCGCUAACUGUGGACGGAAUAAUGUACGUCAUAGACUCCGGGUACUGCAAGCUGAAGGUGUACAACCCCAGGAUCGGUAUGGAUGCACUGCAGAUAUACCCGGUAAGCCAAGCGAACGCCCGGCAACGCGCCGGUCGAGCCGGUCGUACCGGGCCGGGUAAAGCGUUCUGUCUGUACACCCAACGGCAAUACCAACACGAUCUACUGCCUUCCACUGUGCCGGAGAUUCAAAGAACAAACCUUGCCAAUACUGUCCUCUUGCUCAAGUCACUUGGAGUAGAAGAUUUGCUGGGCUUCCACUUUAUGGAUCCACCACCCCAGGACACGAUCCUGAACUCGAUGUACCAGCUAUGGAUCCUGGGAGCUUUGGACGGAACGGGUGCCCUAACUCCUUUGGGACGACAAAUGGCGGAGUUCCCAUUGGAUCCGCCGCAGUGUCAUAUGUUGAUUGUUUCUGCCGAGAUGGGGUGCAGCGCCGAAGUCCUUAUCAUUGUAUCGAUGCUGUCAGUACCUUCCGUAUUCUACCGUCCUCAAGGUCGUGAAGAGGAAGCCGAUUCGGUGAAAGAAAAGUUCCAGGUGCCUGAGUCUGAUCAUCUAACACUGCUGCAUCUCUACAACCAGUGGAAGGCCAACAAGUAA